AUGAGCGCACUCAUCUACGGUAUCAUAGCUGUAACCCUCGAUAUAGGAGGACAGGCCAUGUUUUACACCAUAGGAGCAAUCAUCAAAUUCGUGGACGAGCGGAAGGAUAACAAGGACGCAAAAGCCGUUGAACGGGUGUCCAGUAAUCCGGCGUUAGUGCAGCAAGUCAUCCAGAACGCGCAGAAUACGCCCACCAAAGAGCGCUAA